AGCUACAAUAUAAUUAGAAGCGUCUGUAAGACUCCGUUUACAUACGGACGGCGCGAUUCGUAUUUUCUCUCUCCUCUAUACAAACGGCUCCCUUCAGCUCUCAAGCCCUAAAAGAAGUCUCGCAAGCGCUUCCACCGCCAUCGGCUAGAUACGAUUUGCUGGCUUAAAUUAUUGCCUGAUGGCUUCUCUUAGGAUGAUUGUUGGCAAGUGGCAACUCAGGAAUCAGUUGUCUAAAAGAAAUUCAUUGGCGAAAGAUGUGGGAGAGGCUUUUUCAUUACAUGAUGGGAUGUUCCGGGCGGGCAUUUCAACUGCUACAGAAACUUUUUCCGCUCAUGGAAAAUUUGCUGGUGGAAUAGUUGCACCUUAUACAGUUUACAAGGGCAAAGCUGCACUUUCUGCUGCCCCUGUUCUCCCAACAUUCAGUAAACUGGAUUCUGGAGGUCUUAAAGUUCAUCGCCGUGGCACUAUUAUGUUGACGUUUUGGCCUGCUAGUGGAGAACGCAAGUAUGACUGGGAAAAGAGGCAGAGGUUUGCCUUGUCUGCGACGGAGGUUGGGUCUUUGAUAAGUUUGGCUUCUAAAGAUUCUUGUGAAUUCUUUCACGACCCGUCAAUGUUAUCAAGUAAUGCAGGACAGGUUAGGAAGACCUUAUCAGUUAAGCCUAAUGAUAGUGGCUACUUUAUUUCGCUGAGUGUGGUGAAUAAUAUUCAAAAAACAAAUGAUCGCUUUUCAGUUCCUGUCACUUCUGCCGAAUUUGCAGUGAUGCGGACAGCUUUCAGUUUUGCUUUGCCCCACCUCAUGGGCUGGGACCGGUACACCAGCCUGCUGCCAAAAAACAUGUCUGAAAGUCCAUUGAAGGUUUCCUCUCCGCUUUUGAUGGAUUCGGAAUGGGACAGAUGAAGUUGUUCUUCUCAGUAAAUCUGCCGUUGAUGGUUGUCUUCGUGAUCAUUUAGGAGAUUCUGUGGGAAUGUGUUGCUCAAAAAUCCUCUUGUUUGUAAGUAUUCUAGAAGAUGGAUAUUCUGCUUUGUUCAACUAAUGACCCUUGAGGAAUGUGUAAACGAAAUUCUUGUUCUUUUCUAUUGCUUUGUUGCUUAUGUGGGUUGGGCUGCCCUAAAAGAAAUCUGGAUGUAGAAGUCACUUGUUUCGUCUCAAAGAUUUUAUGAUCUUAAAUCCA